AUGGGUAGACUGGGAGAAGUCGACAUUCGCGGCAUAGACAUAACUGAUGGCAUGCUGUUCCUUGUCUACUGCAAGGACGAGAGGAAAGCCCUGCAACUGUUCCUCAUGAAGGACUGCAGAUGGGUAGGCAUGGUCAUCUGCAUAUACGAACCCGAAUUUGAGUUUGUCGUUGCUGUAUUGGCAGCUCUUAAGGGAUGUGGGGCAGCAAUGUGCGACGGGCAGCAUGGCGUUUCGGAACGCUGUUGCGCCUUGACAAGCGGAACACCGAACAAGCUGCUCCUGCGAUGUGUUGUGUCGUCGCGGGCUGCUGGCAUCACCAACGCGAAAUUCCAAUCAGGAGCCUUGACCAAGCUACUGAUGGAGGAGGAAUGUAGCAAGGUAAAUGCAGGAGACCUCAUUGACCAUGUGAAAGUGAGAGAAGCAUGCCAGGAUAUGCUAAACUUUUACGAUGAAGCGGGCAUUGGAUGGACAAUCUGUGGCUGGUUCAAGCCCGGAAUGGUGCCAGGUGCAGAGGUGGCGAAAGAGGCAAAAAUGCAUGUGACCUGCAUUCGACCGGAUCAUGAGCUGGAUAAUGCACCUCGAUAUCGCCUCCCCGUACCAGCAGUCCCUGCACAGCAGCUGUUGGAGCUAAAUUUUCCAGUGAGGGUGGAAGUUGGCAGACGUGUGAGAGGUG